UCCUGCUCUCUGAACACAGUUUUAUCUUAUCUCCUUUUAUUGGACAGUAAAUUAGCACACGGCAGCUUUCUGCACUUUAAGGCUCUUAAAAGGAGGCAUGAUCUAUGGAGACUGGAUCUGUCAGGCUUUCUGCAGGAGGGAUGACACUGAGUAGCAGGGCUGAUAAUUGAAGGGUGUCGGUAAAUUCACCGUGGAGCUCCUCCCACCGACAGCAGAGCACCGCUGGAGGCCAGCUGUAUCUUGGAGGGACGUUCCUGCUCAGGUCUUGCGUGUCUCUUUCUUCUCUUUGGUCGGGGGCAGCUCUACAUCAGGGGUCAUGAGGUGACGAAAGGAAGGAGGAAGUUCCGUUAAAACUGCUGAGAAGUUUCAGUCAGGAAAUAUGAAGCAGAUGGUUGAAGAAUGUGUGUCUUCACAUCUCCAGGAUGCAGCAGAAAUGAAACUGGUUCUAGUACCGUCUGUGAAUUCAGAAAAAGAGCCCCCCACAAUGGCGCUGCCCCCAUCCCACCCCUCACGGCUGAAGUACGUAUCCCUGGGGGUCCUGGUGCUACAGACCACAACAUUGGUGCUCACCAUGCGUUACUCCCGUACGCUGAAGGAGGAUGGUCCGCGCUACCUGGCCUCCUCUGCUGUGGUGUCGGCUGAGAUGCUGAAAAUCUUGACCUGCUUCCUGCUCGUCUUCGUGGAAAACAAUUACAGUUUGCGGGCCAUGAAUCUGCUGCUGAAGGAGGAGAUUGUGAACAAGCCUGUGGAGACCAUGAAGCUGGCCGUGCCUGCAGGGAUCUACACGCUGCAGAACAAUCUGCUCUAUGUUGCCCUGUCCAACCUGGAUGCAGCCACCUAUCAGGUCACUUACCAGCUGAAGAUCCUCACCACAGCGCUGUUCUCCGUCUCCAUGCUGGGAAAGAAGUUGGGUCUCUACCAGUGGCUCUCCCUCCUGCUCCUCAUGGCUGGAGUCACUCUGGUGCAGUGGCCCAGCGAGUCAGCGGGGGAGCAGAAGGUGCUGACUGCAGGCUCCCAGAUGGUGGGAGUGAUGGCCGUGCUAAUGGCCUGCGUGUCCAGUGGUUUUGCCGGAGUUUACUUUGAGAAGAUCCUAAAGGAGACCAAGCAGAGUGUCUGGGUCCGAAACAUCCAGCUGGGUUUGUUCAGCUUUGUGCUUGGCUUUUUGGGGAUGAUGGUGUAUGACGGCCGCAGCGUGAGACAGUCUGGGAUGUUCCAGGGCUACAGCGCCAUCACCUGCACAGUGGUUGUCCUGCAGGCUGUGGGCGGGCUGGUCAUCGCCGUGGUGAUUAAAUACGCAGACAACAUCCUGAAAGGAUUUGCCACCUCAGCGUCAAUCAUGGUGUCCACCCUCAUCUCCUAUUUCCUCCUGAACGACUUCAAGCCUACAGGGGUAUUUUUCAUGGGAGCGGUGCUGGUGAUGGCCGCCACAUUUAUCUACAGCUACGAGGGUAAACCUGCCAGCAGCACCAUCAAGGUGUAGCCAGAGACCUGAUGGAUGGGAUGGCAGACAAGCCAACAGCCACACGCUGCCCCCUACCUCCUGCCUGGAUGGACCGUGGACUGUAACCACAGCCAGGAGCCCAGGACUGAAUGCAGGAGAGGAAGCAAAAGCAACUGGUUACACUGGAAUCUGUUUGGAGAGGGUAGAGCGUUGGUCAUUCACAGAAAAUAUAAGAUAACACGCAGGGAGCGCAUUUGUCCAGCAGGGUUACACAGUUCCUGACUGCUGAAAGGGAAAAGCAUUAUAUACGUAGACGCCUCAUCAGACGCUGGCCGACGUGCAUAGGGGGCGGCCAUCUUGGAUCGGACCACAGUUCAUACAGCUGCUGUCAGAAUGAAUAUCAUUUUAAUCACGUGAAAGACGAGUCAGAGAUAAUAUCACAAUAAUCCGUUUCAUGUCACAAACACUUAAAAUAAUAAAACUUUUAAAAUU